UAUAGAGAAAAUGUAUAUAGUGACAUCUAGAAAGUAUUUUAUACAGAAUAAAAACAUUGUAACUCUGAAAUCAAAGCAAUAAUUUUUGACGAAGGUAGAUAUAUAAAUUUAUUUUGUUGUAUCGUUAUAUUAAUAAAAUCAAAGUUAGGUGAAUAAAUAAUAUAUAUCAUACUUCAUAUAUUUAUAUAUCUGGUGUACCUAACGUGAAAUUAAUUACAAUGAUAAUACCUAUUAAACGUGAUCAAGAUGUACAAGAAUGGGCUAUCGUAGAAUUGAAAGGUGAAUUAUCAUUCGGUACAAAAGACAUAACAAACAGUCAUUAUAUAGGUGAUUUUCAUUUUACUAAAUCUGGAAUACCAAUGCUUAUAAUUGGUAUUCAUGUAAUGCAUGGAAAAGAGAUGGCUCUUACAAAGCCUAUUGCAGUUUUAAAAAAAAAAUCAGUGUCUUCGACCAAUCAAUUAGGGGAAGAAGAUUGCAAGACCGAAUAUACCAUUCAAGCAAUAGUAAAUAAGAAAAUUGUUUUUAAAUUUCGACCUAAGCCUAUUAUAAAUAAUAUAGAAGUAUAAAGAAAUAUUUUGAAAAUUAUCAUGCGUAAAAGAAAUAUUAAUGGUAUUAAAUUAUCAUGUAUUUACAUAGUUUAUAAAGAUAGUUUUCACAUAGUCUAUUAAGUCAUUAUAAUUGAUGUUGUUCCAUAAAGUUGUACAAACUUAGAUUUAUUUAUCGAUAACUUAAAUAAGUAAUUAAAAAUACAGAAGUCUUA